UAUUUAAAGGAGAAAAUGGAGAAGACGCACGACUGGUAUAUCUGUUGGGAUCCAUUAUGGCAUGGUUUUCUAACAAGGACAAGAUGAAGAAUGAAAGAGGAAGAAAACAAAGAGAGAGUGAGAGACGCGGUGCCAGAUUUGCAUAUUCACAGAAAUGGGACAAUGAAAGUUUGAGGGGGACGAGCCAAUCAGAAGGCGUGACUUGAUUCUCUCCAUUUUUUCACUGCGAGAAGGGCUGGGCUGGGCAAGCAGCUGAAUGGUGGCUUGUGAGACUAGGCGAUUUCGCCGUGUGUUUUUCCCCGGGAGAUUUUUUGUGUUUUUUGUUUUCCCUUGUUCAACGGCAAACAAGUCUUUUGAUACAAUACGACACUAUGAGCGAUUAUUCUUCUCAGUACAAUCUCGGUGGUGAUGCCGGUUUGAGCAACAAGAAGCAGGAAGUCAUGGAUCAAGUGCGCAGCGAACUUGCUUUGGCCAACGCUCAGGAACUUAUCAACAAAAUCAACGAAAAGUGCUAUUUGAAGUGCGUUCCCAAGCCUGGUGCUCGUUUGGAAAGCGGUGAACAGCAGUGUCUUUCAAAGUGCAUGGAUCGUUACAUGGAAGCAUGGAAUGUCAUUUCUCGUUCGUACGUCAGCAGACUUCAACGCGAACAAGGUCAAAUGGGCGGCAUGUAAAAAGGUCGAAAAACACGCACAAGUUUAAUAUACAACCCUUUCCACUCUCGACUUUUUGGUUUUCCCAAAGUAAAAAUCUAUAUACAAUAUGUUUUUUUCUAGAAUCAAAAAAACAACACUUUUUUAAAUUGUGAAAUAUUGAUUUUGAAUCUUCCUUUGACC